GCCGAGACCCUCAACCCACCCCCACCCCGUGCCCAACGACCCCACCCUGGGGCUGCGCGGCCCGUCGGGCUGAUCCAGACGCCCGGUACAUCUUGCUCCCUCUUGAGACCCGCCCCGCUCCUAACCGGGGUUCGGGCCGCAGGGACUUGGGUUCCCAGCCCUGAAUACCCUGCCUGGGAUCCGCUUGGAUGGGGCCUCUCCCGUCCCCCAUCGUCAACUUUCCCUGCCGGCCCCUGGGGCACGUAUGAAGGGAAUUGGGGGGCCGGUCUGCUGCCUGUUUCCAGAGCUGCUUGGAAAGCUCAGAAGACCCUUCCGAAGGGUUCAUACCGUCUUGGGCAAAAGAGCACCCAGUUCAUCCCUAGCACCCGUGCCAGUAUCUGAUCCCUUACCUGUUCUACAGUUCAAAACCCGGGGAACUACACCCCCUGGAAAAAUAAAAUGAAGUAACUAAAGCCACGUGCAAGGGUUGUGCUUGGAGAAUGGCCUCUGGAGAGGGGAAGUGCCGGAGACACCUGAGGAUCUGAGGAUGUUUCCAAACAAAGAGCCCCAGGGCACUCCCUCUAGGGGAUUCUGAAAACUAUCUGCUCCAUUAGGAUAGCAGGAAGUAGCUGCACAGACGCUCCUCCUGGCCCCAGGGGUGUGCCUGAUCCCAGCUGAUCUUUUAAUGCUCCCGGUACAGAUGGGGAGCUGCCUGUGGGCCCUCAUUGCUGGGUGGGGCAUUAGAUGUUAGACGUGAUCCACAGCCUACAGCUGCUUCAGAGAAGCCUGGAACAACUUGGGUGUUUCCAGACAACUCCAUCUGGGCGGUACCAAGGUUGGCCCUCCAAGCCCUGGUUAGAACAGCUCACAUUUCUGCUGUCCACCUUAUGGACUGUCCUCCUUGGAGCCCUUAGAUCUCAUUGUUAGACCCUGGGCUCUUGAUCUGGCUGCCUGGCCCCAAAGCUGCCUGAUUGUGUAGCGCUGUGUCAUUACCACCUACUGCUCAUCAUCUUUUUAGGUUCUGUUGAAGGAGAGUCUGGUUGGUCUCCAGGACUCUAGAGCUAGGAAUUGAACCCCCAGAUGGCCUAUUUGGGAGCUCUGAAAGCAGAACUUCUGAUGGGCAGGGAAAUUCACCCCUGGGCACCUGAAUAGCAGCCUCUUUAGGAACAGGGAUGGGCAUGGAUAUUGGGUGGAAGUCUGGACCCUUCAGCCAGCAUUCAGGGAGCAUUUAAGGUGCCGAGCGCUGGUUUGCGGCUGCCCGGGCAGGUCUGCAGUACCUAAUGCCAUGAGCGUGGUGGUGCAGCAUGUGGAGGAGAAGGCUGUACACUCUUGGUCACGGAUCUCCACGGCAGGGAAGAAGGCCCUGGAGGAGGCGCUGCUUGUCUUUAACCCCAUGAGCCAGGAUCUCAGUGCCACAGAGGCACAGCUUGUGGCCUUUCUGCAGGGCCUACGGGAUGAUGGUUUCCAGCCCACCAUCUUGCGCAGUGGCGAUGUCUAUGGCUACAGUUCGUGCACGGCCAAACCCCCAAGCCAGACGAAGCUGCAGGCUCGUGCCCCCACCCCAGCCACCACAUCGCUUCCGGCCAGUGCUCCCCGAACUGCUAUGCGGCUGCCUGCAGGCCGGGCCACGCUGCUUCCCAUGCCACUGUCUGGCAGACUGGCCAAAGCAUCCACACCAGCCCUUGCCAAGCACGCUACCACCAACUUGCUACUGAACUCCCUGAAGCAGUCAAGUGCCAGCCGUGCCCGGGGCACGGCGAUGGGUUUCCCCGCCCACCUCUACCCAGGUGUCUACCCUGCCAUGCGGCUCUCCGUUGUCCUCGAGGCGCUGGUUCCGCUCAAGACUCCCAUGCCCUGCUUGGGUACCAAGCACAAGACACAGUCCCUGCAGCUCUCUCUUGCGGACUCUUCCCUGAAGCUGCGGAAAGGUUCGGCGAAGGGGCUGGGGAACGCCCAGCCCAGAGUUCCCAGAAAAGCCACAAGCAAGGGUCCUAAGUGUCUGGUUCGCCGAGGCCCCAGGGCUGGACCCCGACAAAGCACUGGGCCUCGGAGAAAGACCUGUAAGACUACUGGAUCCCUCAGUGGCCCACGAAUGAAAGGUGUCUCUUCCUUGAGCAUCAAAACAGCCCAGGCCAAGACAGCUAAAACACUAGCCAAAGUGGCCUGUGCACAGGCCAAGGUGGCAAAGGCCCGGGAAAAAGCUAAGGCAGCUCGUGCCAGGGCCAAGGCCAAGGCAGCACGGAUCAAGGCCAAGGCCAAGGCCAAGGCAAUGCGGGCCAGGGCCAAGGCCAAAGCCAAGGCAGUGCGGGCCAGGGCCAAGGCCAAGGAAAUGCGAGCCAGGGCCAAGGCCAAGGCAACGUGGGCCAAGGUGGCUCGGACCCAGCGCAGGGGCAGGGGCAGGCCGAAAGGGUCUGUUCAGGCCAGAACUGCAAGGCCAGGCCAGAAAAGCCGUCCUGAGACUGUGGGGCAGAAGAGGAAAAGGGCUGAAGAGGCUAAAGAUCUUCCCCAGAAGAGAUCACGGCUUGGGCCCCGAUCCCCUAAGGCAUGUCUAGGUCCUGGAACAGCAAAGCUACUGAAAUUCCAGGCCAUCAAGGUGGACAGGCGGUUCUCAGACGAUGAGGUGCGGCUGCAGGCUCAACGUAUCCUCCGUGUGAACCUGUCCCCUGUAAUACGGCUACAGCCGUUGCUGCCAUACUCGGUACCCUGAUUCCUUCACAUAGCAAUGUUUCGGGAAACUGAGCCCAACUGUCUGUGUUGUCAGUGGCACAGUGUGCAAUGCCCAUGGACUCUGGGUGCCUCUCCAGGGCCCUGGCAGCCACCAGCCUUCUUUCAAAGACUGGGGGGUGUGGGGUUGGGGUGGGUGGGCGGGAGGGGGUGUUCUCAUGGAGCAAUGCACUGUGACUCGUUACUCUUCAAGUUGUAUGUUCACUGUUUCAUCUAUCACGUUUUAUACCUUUCCAC